GGGAGUGCAGGGAGUGCAGGGAGCACAGGGGGGGGAGGGGGGUGGGUCAUUAUCCCCAUGAGGGUGGAGCACAAAGGGGGAGGUGAAGCAAACGGAUCAAACAUUUGAAGCUCAUAUUGACAUGCUGCUCUGAAGGCUCCUACUUCAGCAAUGGAUGGAGUGUUGGAAGGAGCGGCGGUGUUGUGUGUAUGUAAACUGGCCUGCAGUCUCCUCUUCCUGCCUUCAUUGGCUGCCCCCCACAGUCCCGUCAGCUUCUGCUGCUGCUGCCUUCUGAUCUUCACUGACUUCGUGGUCACCGGUUUUCUGACUUUCCUUUGCAUCUUUGAGUCCUGGCUGUCUGAUCUGACCCCACUGGGUGAUGUCAUUGCCCUGCGCUUCCUGCUCUUUCUCAGCCACACAUAUGGUGUGGUGUUGCUCCUGACCACACCUCUGAUUGCUCUGGAGACUGUAACCAGACUGCUGUGGCCUGUCGCUCACAAGAGUCAAGCAGCGGGCUCUGAUGGUCAACGCUGUUAUGCUGGAGAGUUGACUGGGAAAGAAGAGGAGGACAGCGACAACCCAGACAACGAAAAGAGCUUGUCUCAUGUUGUCAGCUACUUCUGCUGCCUGUCUGUGUGGGUCGUCGUCGCCCUAAACAUCAGGUGGCGAUGGAAGCUGGAGGAAGUGUGGACUACUGCCUGUUUGCACUCAACCAACUCCCUCAUGAGAUGUUUGCCCAACCUUUUUAGCCCCAUAUCCAGCACUGUGAAUCCAUGCUGGGGCAUGGCCUUCCUCUCCCUCCUCCUGCUCCUCCUAACCACUAGCACGGGCCUGCACAGGCGACACUGGGUCCCUGCAGAGAUGGGAAGGAAAGCCAGAGAGAAACGUCGAGUUAACAAUAAUGGCGGCAGUUGCUGGCAAAGCCUUGUUCUAGCACUGUCUGCACCCUCCAAGCCUGCGAACCCUGAGAUGUCUGUAUCAGAGGCAACACAGUGUGUUGACCCAGAGAAAACAGAGAGCAGCUGCACUGUUCACAGAGCGUGUUCCUGGAACAGCAUGCAGAUGUCGGUGUGUCACCAUGGAGACCUUGUCCUCAUCUCCCCCCAGUGUUUGUCUGCAGAGAGGGGAGGACAGGAGCAUGAAAGGACAAAGAGAUGUACACCUCUGACAUUUAUCAAGGAGGACCACGUGGACUCACAAUACAGGAGCCAGUGUGGGUGGCGACAGAGCGGCUUUCACUCCCUGGGGUUGAAUGUAAUGAUAGGGUUCGUGGGCGUGCUCUCCAUCUUUGUGCUUCCUCUAAACCUCAGUGUGAACAUUCUUCUGAUCAGGAAUAUAGAGACUCUGCUGGAGCUGUGCAUCAAGUCUUUAGUUUCAUUCACAGCAAAAACAAGCAACACAUCGGCCUCUCAAAAUGAAACACUUGUAUAAAAACAUGCCAGCGAGAAGCAAAAGUGGACGCUGACUGGGGGCUAUUUGCAACCGGAUCACCAGAUUAAUAUUGCAUGUGUGCAGACAGCAGGUCUACCUGUCAACGUUGGUUUCAAUGGAGUGUAAAUAAGCAUUACUGAGCAACCAUUCACAUGCAAAGAAUAAUAUGUGGAAACUGCUGAAAGGUGCUGAGGAGACAGGUUGAGGCGUGCUCAGUAGAAAGGAACUAAACCUGACUGAAACAGAUGGCUGGCUGGAAGGCCUGCUUUUAUUGUUGGGAACCUUAAGAUCUGCAGCGAUUAGUCAUUACAAGAUGGGUUAGAGAAAGAGUUUCAUCAGUUUAAAUAAGACUAAUCCAGGGGCAAAUAGUGUUUUGAAAGUAAUAAUAUGAAGUGUGUUGAUGCUGUAUCACAUGGAUAAAAAGAAAUGUAUGAAUAAAUAAUGACUGACUUGAGGCUCCACA